UUGGCGCUUCCGGAAGCUCAGCUCACAGAAGCGGAAGUUUUGCAGUGUGUCACACGUGUUUAUUAAAACUCCGGAAAAUGGCGAAAAACGGCAAAUUAAAGCAGAAAUCGACGUUUAACAGCGGCGUGAAACAGAAGAAGAAGCAGAGAAAAUGCGUGCUGAUGUUCGACGAUAAAAACCGACAAGAGUUCCUGACGGGUUUCCACAAGCGUAAGCUGGAGCGGAGGAGAGCAGCGCUGGAGGAGAUGAAGAACAAGCUGAAGGAGGAGCAGAAGCGCGUCAGAGAAGAGAGACACAAAGAGUAUCUCAAGAUGCUGCAGGAGCGCCGCCAGGCUCUGGAUGAAGCAGACGAGCUGGUGGAUGCCAUCAUAGCUACGAAAGAGAGCGUUCAGUACGACCAUCCCAACCACACCGUCACCGUGACGACCAUCAGCGACCUCGACCUAUCAGCAGAAAGAUUACUGGAGCCAGAUCAGAGAGAUGAAGAGCGUGAGAAGAAGGAUGGUGAAAAAAUACAGGCCCUUCCGAGGACAGCGGGACACCCCCUCAUGUCUGAAAAGAUCCAGAGGCUCACGGCGUCACUGAACAGUCUCGCUAAACGGAAGAAGAAGAAGAGGAAAUGGAAGCCCAAACAGGAAAUGAGGCGGGGAGACCAUCAGACCGACAGGAAGUCGUCAUCAUUCACUCACAGCAAGAAGUUACGGAAGGGAAAAUCCACCAUAAAAGAGAGACGCAAACGAACGAGCCGGAACGAGCGCGACCAGGACUGAUGAACGCCAGACUCACGGGGGAACAGUAGCGAUUAGUCGACGGACGCAUCGCUGAACUCACAAACUCUCGACGGACGCGCCGCGGAUGUGUUUGUGUUUUACAUGUUUGAUACUUUAAGGACAUUAAAAAAGGAGUCUUUCAUCA